GCCUGGCCAGGUGCAGGCGGAGGAGGCGGCGGCGGCCGUGCAGCGCCAGUGCCGCCGUGCCGCCGCCAUGAGCAGCGCGGAGCCGCCGCUCGGGGCCGGGCCGCGGGCGCAGCCCGCCUGGAAGCGGGAGAUCCUGGAGCGGAAGCGGGCCAAGCUGGCCGGCUUGCCCGGCGGCGGCGAGCCGGAGCCCCCGGCAGGGGAGCGGCUGGUGGUGGCGGAGAGCCUGGGCCCGCUCCGCGAGAACCCCUUCAUGCGGCUGGAGAGCGAGCGGCGGCGGCUGCGGCAGGGGCUGCCCCCACACGGCCCCGGGGCGGCGCGGCCGCUGCAGCAGCUGCUGGAGCUGUACAGCGCCGUGCCCGGCAUCCGCACCAUCCGCGCCGACAACAUCCUCAUCAUCGAGUCCCAGCCCGACGCCGCCGCCUGCUUCGCCGAUGGGGACGCGCUGCCCGGCCGCCGCAAGGACCGGGAGCCGGCCGGCUCCUCGCCGCCGCGGCGGCCCGACCCGCUGCAGCAGCUGCUGGCCCGCCGGGGCGCUGCCCUCGCCGAGAUCCGCGCCGACCAGGUCGUUAUCUACGAGACGGCCGAGCCGCCCGAGGCGGCCGAGCCGGGCACCGUCAGCCGCCUCCUGGAGAAGUUCGGCCAGCGGCCGCGGGGCCGCCGCCGCCGCGUUGGGGAGGCGCUGACCGGGCCCGGGCCCGGCGCCGUUUCAGGCGGGGUGGCUGCACCUCCUCCGCAGGUGGGACCCGGUUCCCCUCGGGCCUCGGCCCCGAAGACGAGACCGGGAUCUCCGCAUCCGCUGCCGGCUUCCCCCCGGGCUGCCACCCCCCCGGCAGUGCCGGCCACCCCCCAGCCCGCUGCGCCGCAGCCGGCUCCUCCCCGGGCCGUCGCCCCCCAGCCCUCGAUCCCUGCUCCUCCCAGGGCUGUCACUCCCCAGCCCUCGGCCCCUGCUUCUCCCAGGGCUGUCACCCCCCAGCCCUCGGCUCCUGCUUCUCCCAGGGCUGUCACCCCCCAGCCCUCGAUCCCUGCUUCUCCCAGGGCUGUCACCCCCCAGCCCUCGAUCCCUGCUUCUCCACGUGCUGCCACCCCCCAGCCCUCGGCCCCUGCGCCCCCCAGGGCUGUCACCCCCCAGCCCUCGGCCCCUGCUCCUCCCAGGGCUGUCACCCCCCAGCCUUCGGCCCCUGCUUCUCCACGUGCUGCCACCCCGCCGCCCCCUGCCCCAGCGACCCCCCGGGCUGCAGCCCCCGCGGUGGUCCCAGCCACCCCCAAGGCCGCAGCCCCGCAGGCCAACUGCUUUCUCCACAAGAUUGGCUCCAACUCCUUCACUGUCACCCCCCGGGGGCUGCCCCCUGGCAGCCGCAUUCCCGAGCCCGGUGCUGUCCCUGCCGGCCGGCCCACGCUGCCCAAGGGGCCACCAGUGCCAUCCACCAGCACUCCCCAUGCCAGAGCCAACGCCAGGAGGCCAAAGCCAGAGGAGGCUGAAGCGGCCGUGUCACCCUCGCCCAGUGCCAGUCUGGCCCCCAGUGCCACCAGCGCCACCCAGCCGCUCUCUGCCUCUGCACCCCGGGCCGGGGGCUCCUUCGAAAUCCACCCGGCCCCCAAGCCCGACCUGGCCGCCAUCCCAGCCCACGACCUGCAGGCCCAGGCCCUGGCCAAGCUGCGCCUGAAUUCACGCAAUACCUUCCUCUUCGUGCCCCGACGGGAGGGACGCUCAGCUCUGCCCGCAGCCCAGAGUGCCCGGCCAGGACCGCCGCCGCCGCCGUCCUCCGAGGAGAAGGCACCGAAGGAGCCCCUGAGGGCUUCCGCCCCGGAGCAGGAGGAGCCUGUCGCUUCCUCACCGGCGCCUCUGGAUCCCUUGGUACCAGUGACUUACAUCGAUGACAUCGUGGAGCUGGACGGCGGGGAGCUGUCUCCGAGGGCCGGCUCUGCUGUGAGGACAGGGAGCUUGGCAGAGCAGCCUGGAGGAGCUGGCCCUGACCUGGAGAUGGAGUUUUCCUCCGUGCCCCUCUACAGACCGCACUCUGCCCCCCGCCAGAGGGGAGGCAGCACCUUCACUGUCGUGCCCAAAAGGAAGCCCCUUGCCUCGGGGCUGCAGGCUCUCACCGAUGCCAGCGGAAGGCUGCAGCGGGAGGAAGAGGAGGAGGAGGAGGAGAGCAAAGUAAAAGGCAAAGCUGUGGAGAGCGCUGACGGUCCCCCAGCAGGAGUGUCCCAUAAAAAGCGCUACCCCACGGUGAAUGAGAUCGAAGUGAUCGGGGGGUACCUGUCCCUGGAGAGGUCCUGCAUGAGCAAGAGAGGCUCACGCCGCAAGAAGAUGAAGAUCUCUUUCAACGAGACAAGCUUGCAGACCAUGUUUGAGUACCCAUCAGAGAGCUCUCUGGCAGAAGAGGAGGAGGAGGAAGAGGAAGGACACAUUUCUGAAGCAGAGGAGGACAAGUCUUGCACCUUUCACAUUCCACACCCAAAAAGCACUUUGCAUCCCAGUACACCUAACUCAGCAGAUUUAUCCAGCUACACCCCAAAGCACUCCGUGAAGUUCAGUGAGUGGCAGGAGCAGAAGUAUGAGGAGAUGCCCGCUGCAGAGGGACCCCUCCUGAAGGAAGUUGAUGCCCAUGGGAACCAAGUCAUGCUCACCCCGGCGGAGAAGGGCAGCCUCUCGGAUUUCAGCAGCGAGCCUGCUCUCUACUUCUGACGGCUUCACCUCCCAGCCUGCAGCAGCGGCUGCUGGACGAAGCCUGUCAGUGCAGCCUCCCACCGGCCAUGCCAGCCCCGCGGGAAGAGCUCCUGGGGCCCUCCCUCACCGCAGUUCUCCUUGGAUCUUGAUGCCAAUGGUGCACCAGAUGCUGUCAGGCAUCUAUGGAGAAUAUUUGCACUGGAUUCUGGGACCUAAGGACUACUUCUGAGGCUUAUGAUUCAUUCUACCUGUGGCCUUGCAUAUUCCUUGUUCAAGAUCAGCCACUGAGAGGCAAGUGUCUUAAGGACAGACCUGUAAUCCCAGCAGGGAUGUAGAUCCCCUCAGUGCUUAGCUGAGUCCACUCCCCCAGGCUCUCUGUGGGGUCUGGAUGGUGUUUGGAACCCUUCCCCCACCAGAGGCCCCCCCCCGAAGAGCGGCUCUGGAGCUGCAGCACCGGCAGUGUCUGGGCAGUGGAUUCACAGCAGCAGAUGUGAUUUGACAGCUGGAUUGGGUGUCAGUUUGCCAAGCCCUGAAGGCUUCAUGGCUUGUUCUUGGUUUGCUUUGGGGUCUGGUCUCACUGAGCCACCAUGGGAUUCAUGUGCCAGUCAUGUUCUUGUGAGGGAAGCUGAAGGCACCGUGUGAGGGGCGGGAGGUGGGAAGGGGA